GACAUCCUGUGCGCUGUAGUGACGUCACUGAUCCUCUAAAUGACCAAAUAAGGACAACGAGACACGAAAGUUGAGUUUAAACUGACAGUUUAGUUCCAGCUAGCAGCGCGUGUGGAAGGUGCGGUCAGCAGCGGGACUCAGCGGCCUGACGGACACCGACCGACCGGGUCAAAGUUCUGGACGUUUGGUUUUCCUCGGAGUUUUCUUGAAGUAAAGAGGAAGCAGUUCCGCCCUGUGGAUCAGCGUUAGGCCGAACAAAAACAGAGGAGCAGCAGUCCAGCUCCGACAAGGCCCGUCUGUCCACGGACACGGACUUUGGUCCUCGCGUGGCGCAGAAACUCCAGCUGUGGCAGAAAAUGAGCAGGAGAAGUUUGAAGCGGUAACAAAAAGCCGUGCGUGCCCCCCCAGUGUAAACCAUUUUCUGGCCUCACCUGAUAAACGGCGGGACUCGCGCGCACUGAAAAGGUUUUGUCCGGAGAAGUCCAGCUGAAGAUGAGUGGAGAAGAAGAACGCUUCAAACUGGUGGUGGUGGGAGGAGGAGGAGUGGGCAAGAGUGCUCUGACCAUCCAGUUCAUCCAGUCCUACUUUGUGUCAGACUAUGACCCUACCAUCGAAGACUCCUACACCAAGAUCUGCACUGUGGAUGGGAAGGAGACCCGGCUGGACAUUUUGGAUACAGCAGGUCAGGAGGAGUUUGGUGCGAUGAGGGAGCAGUACAUGCGCUCAGGAGAAGGAUUCUUACUCGUGUUUGCACUCAACGAUCGGGGCAGCUAUCAUGAGGUCCAGAAGUUCCACACCCAGAUCUUGAGAGUGAAGGACAGAGACGACUUCCCCAUGGUGCUGGUUGGAAACAAGGCUGACCUGGAGCAGCAAAGAGUGAUCUCCAGGGAGGAUGCCCAGGCCUUUGCCAGCGACAACAGGAUCCACUACAUGGAAGCUUCAGCAAAGAAUCGAUACAAUGUGGACGAAACUUUCCUGAAGCUGGUGCAGAUUAUCAGACGCUUUAAAGAGAUGGAGAGCCCCCCUCCUCCGACUCAUCAAAUGGAGAAACAGAACCGUGGCGGCUGUCCCUGUGUCAUCCUCUAGGCUCCGUUACCAUGGACACCAGAACCUGACCCUGCUUGGUGGUGGUGGUGGUGGUGGUGUGUGUGUGUGUGUGUGUGUGUGUGGUGUAUGAAAGAGAGAUAAAGUGAGUGACCAAUAAGGUUUAUUUUUCCAGAUGUUUUUUUUUUUUUUUUGCACUCUAUCAUAAAACAACUUUCUUGCGGUGUAUCACUUAAUCUGAGCAUAUGUAAAGGGCACAGCAUGACGUGAGUGACAAACUACUUUCGAACUCAUGUACUGAACGUUGCAAAAGAUAGUGCACGAGUGGCCGUCAUCACCGAAUGAAGAUUAGACUGCCAGUCUUCUCAAUAGGAGGCCAUCAUGUUCCACAUCAUCCUGCAGGAGGUAGCAGAGUCUCAUGUUUCAGUCGCUGUAUUUUGUCCCCCACACACACACACCUCCAGAUUUUUUUGGACCAGUCUGUGUUGCCAUGACUACAGAAAGGUUGAAAACAUCAGUAAAUACUGAUUAUACACUCGUAGACUGUUUUUGGUUGAGAGAUUCCUGAUGCCUCUGCCUGACGGGGCCUGCAGACGUGGAUUAGAGGGGUCGACUCAGACCCACUUGGUCAGGUGGGUUGUGGACCAGAGCUGAACAGCAGGCUCAUUGCUCUUUAGUUUUUUAGACUGGUUAGGUAACUCUAAAUUGUCCCUAGGUGUGAGUGAGCAAGUGAACGGUUGUUUGUCUCGUUUGUGUCUAUGUGGGUCUGUAAUGGACCUGUCCCGCCCUCUCACACAUUUGCCACCGCAAACCAGAGAAGCAGCAGAUAAAGAUGAUGUAUGCAUGGGAUGUAUUGGAUGGAUGAACAAACAUUUGUCAAAGACUUCCUGGACAGUGAUUUGAAUUGUAAUACUUUUGAGUUCUAUGUGGUUUUGUUUUUUCUUUUAAUCUUAUGUGUGUUCAGUGUCAAUGUUUCAAAAUGAGAUGCAUGAAACAUAUUUUUCACAGAAACCACCAAUGUGUUAUUAA